AUGCAAAUAUGCUUUUAUUUAUUUUUAUUAAAUAUUUGGAGCAUCAACAUGGACGUACGUAGAAGAGAACGUGAGAAUAUUGGAUUAAAAGGAGUAAGUCAAGUCUGGGGUAAAUCUCCGACAAGAAUAGAAGAUUCUGACGACGAAGAUGAAAUAGCGGUUAAAAAACGUGAUCAUUCACCGGAGCGACGUAAAAAAAGUAAAAAAGACAAGAAAAAAAAAAGUAAAAAAUUAAAAAAGGAAAAGAAAUCUAAAAAAGAAAAGAAGAAGAGUAAAAAAAGGAAACGUAAAUACUCAGAUAGCAGUUCGAGUGAUUCAGGAUCAUCCGAUGACGACGAUGGUCAAGUUAAGUGGGUUGAGAAAGGGAGCGAACAAGUUAAAAGUAAAAAGAAGCGUAGAUCCAGUUCUGAUGACAGUGGUGAUGAAAGUGUUGUUGGUCCACUACAAAAACAACACGUCACUCUGUCUGCUAAAGACUUUGGUAAAGCUUUAUUACCUGGUGAAGGAGCUGCAAUGGCUGCUUAUAUUGCUGAGGGUAAACGUAUCCCACGUCGUGGUGAAAUAGGUCUUACUUCUGAUGAAAUAGCUUCCUAUGAAAGCGUUGGAUAUGUUAUGAGUGGUAGCAGGCAUCGUCGAAUGGAGGCUGUUCGUAUACGAAAAGAGAACCAAAUUUAUUCAGCGGACGAGAAACGAGCGUUGGCGAUGUUCAGUAAAGAAGAACGUCAGAAACGUGAAAACUUAAUUCUAGGACAAUUUAGAGAAAUGGUCAGUCAGAAACUGGCUCAGGAAGAAAAGAAAUGA